AUGGAGAUUCAUGUGGCAUUAAAUUUUCAUGAUGCCUCUUUCUCUGGAGUUGAACCUGCGCUAUCACGUAACGUCCACACUGGCGUCAACUUCAUUGAAAAAUCCGAAUGUUCCUACACCGUUCGCUUCAUACGCAUCACCUACGUCAGACCCUCGGAAGACCUAGCGGAACUCCUUCACUCCCUCUACAGCCCCCCGACCUCCCUGACCUACAAAACCUUUGUCCCGCCCCCCGUCAAGGUAGCGAUGUGCAGUGGCGCUCCGGAAUAUGAAAACUUCGGGGUGACGUGGGAGAGGGCGAAGGUGUGGCUCAGAUCUGUUGACAGACGAAUAGUGAGCGUCGAAACAUUCUACCACCCCCUACACAAAGUUUGGCACGGUCAAGACGGAGGCGAAACGUCGGUCGUCAUGGGGGAGUGGACGAGCAACAAGAGGGACCGAAAGCGCACCGCGGAAAGAAAAAAAUUGGUCAACAUUGUCCGAAGAAAAGAAAAGGAAGAAGAAGAGGAAGAAGAAGAAGAGGAAAAGGAAGAAAAAGAGGGAAAAGUAGAAGAAGAGGAAGAAGAAGAAAUAUCACCAGAGAUGAUAAUUAUUAUAACUAUAAUAAAACAAUUAUGA